GUCCUACUUCCGGCGGUGCAGACGUGGGUGCGCGGCGCGGCGAUGGCGGCAGGCGGCAGCGACCCGCGGGGUGGCGACGUAGAGGAGGAUGCCUCGCAGCUCAUCUUUCCCAAAGAGUUUGAAACAGCCGAGACACUUCUAAAUUCAGAAGUUCACAUGCUUCUGGAGCAUCGAAAGCAACAGAAUGAGAGUGCAGAGGACGAACAGGAACUUUCUGAGGUCUUCAUGAAAACUUUAAACUACACAGCUCGCUUCAGUCGUUUCAAAAACAGAGAGACCAUUGCCAGUGUCCGCAGCUUGUUGCUUCAGAAAAAGCUUCAUAAGUUUGAAUUGGCCUGUUUAGCCAACCUGUGUCCAGAGACUGCUGAGGAGUCCAAGGCUCUGAUCCCAAGCCUGGAGGGGCGAUUCGAAGACGAGGAACUGCAGCAGAUUCUUGACGACAUCCAGACCAAGCGCAGCUUUCAGUAUUGAUCUCUGGCAUUGCUCUGCUUCCGAGGGAGCCGUGUCCCAGCGCUGUACCGCUGUCUCCCCAGACCCAAAAUUCUGUCACAGAAGACACCAGUACUUAUGGAUACAACAGCCCCCUUGGUCUGGGUUUGAGUUGGGUUCAGAUGUGACUCUAAGGUCCUGGUGACCGUGCUGUCUUGGAGAGACUUUGCCGAGGCUGCGAGCGGCUCCCUGAACUUGCUGUAGAGGGUGAAGGGCUGAUGUGCUACAAACUGCUGAGUUUUGGGCCUUGUGCUAUUUUUGAUUCCUAAUACUUUAUGUUUUGCUUUCAAUGUGUUUAUAGUUCUUAAAACUGUACUAGAACAUAUGACACUGUUACAGGAAACAAGUCUAGUCUCUAAAUGCAAAAGGAGGAAGUAUACCAGGCCUGUAUCACUGUUUGAGAUUCUUUUUUUUUUUUUAAUUUUUUUCCUGCAUUGAUUUUAGAGAGAGGGGAAGUGAGAGGGAGAGAAAGACA